AGGAGUUCUGUUGGUUCGGUCCAUUUCCACUUGGAAGUAUGUCAGCGGCUCCCGUGCGUCCGGAGUGACGUCUGGAUCUGCCUCUGCUGGAUUUCUUCUCAGAUUGGGAUUAUUUUCCUCCAGGAGACUUGUUCUGGUUCCGAGGCUCCCAGGAUGCCGGGGACUCUCCAACCUCCUCCUCUCUCACUCUGAGAGAACCCGUCUCUCCCCGCUGGACGUGAACUCCGCGCGCGUUUCUCCUUUUCUGUUCGCUCUGCUGUGCCACCUCCUAAGGAUGCGUGGUGGAUUGCUGCUGCUCCUCCUCACCCAGGUCACCUCGGUGUCCUGCUUGGCUCAGACCGAUAAAUGCGGGGGCCACAUUGAGAUCGAGGCCCCGGACUACUUGACCUCCCCGGAUUACCCCAGCGCCUACCCCCCCUCGCAGCUCUGCAGGUGGGUGAUCACCGCACCUGAAGCUGGCCAGAGGAUCCUCAUCAACUUCAACCCGCAUUUUGAUCUGGAGGACAGAGACUGCAAGUACGACUAUGUGGAGGUCUUCAACGGCGGGGACGAGUUCUCACCCACGUUGGGGAAGUUCUGUGGGAAAAUUGCUCCAUCUCCCAUCAUUUCCAGUGGCGGGCAGCUCCUCAUCAAGUUUGUCUCCGACUACGAAACUCACGGAGCCGGGUUCUCCGUCCGCUACGAGGUCUUCAAGACAGGUCCGGAAUGCUCCAGGAACUUCACGGCUCCCAGAGGAACCAUCGAGACACCGGGCUUCCCCGAGAAGUACCCCAACAACCUGGACUGCACCUUCAUGAUCUUCGCCCCCAAGAUGUCCGAGAUCGUGGUGGAGUUCGAGAGCUUCAGCAUGGAGCCCGACACGUCGCCGCCGCCGGGCGCCGUCUGCCGAUACGACUGGCUGGAGAUCUGGGACGGCUUCCCUGCAGUGGGUCCUCACAUCGGCAGGUACUGCGGCCACUCGUCUCCGGGCCGAGUCAUCUCCUACACGGGCGUCCUGUCCAUGACCAUCAUCACCGACACCGCCAUCGCCAAGGAGGGCUUCUCCGCCAACUACACCAUCCGGGAGAGGAGCGUCCUCCCGGAGGACGAGGAUUUCGCCUGCAUGGAGCCGCUGGGCAUGGAGUCGGGGGAAAUUUCCUCGGACCAGAUCUCGGCCUCCUCCAAGUACAACUCCAACUGGUCCCCGGAGCGCUCGCGCCUCAACUACCAGGAGAACGGCUGGACCCCCUCAGACGACAGCGUCAGGGAGUGGAUACAGGUGGACCUGGGUUUUCUCAGAUUCGUCACGGCCAUCGGGACGCAAGGCGCCAUUUCUAAAGAGACUAAAAAGCGCUACUACGUGCGCUCCUACAAAGUGGACCUGAGCUCUAACGGAGAGGACUGGGUCACGGUGAAGGAGGGCUCCAAGCAGAAGAUCUUUGAGGGGAACCACAACCCGACAGAUGAAGCUCGUGCCUUCCUCCCCAAACCGACGUUGACCCGCUACAUCCGGAUCCGUCCCAUGACCUGGGAGCAAGGCAUCUGCAUGCGCUUCGAGGUCUACGGUUGCAGAUUAUCAGACUACCCGUGUUCGGUGAUGUUGGGGAUGGUGUCGGGUCAGAUCUCGGACGCUCAGAUCAGCGCCUCGUCCUUCGCCGAUCGGGGCUGGGUGGCUGAGAACGUGCGGUUGUUGACAGGCAGGUCGGGCUGGACCGGGCAGCAGACCAAGCAACCGUUCAAGAACGAGUGGCUACAGGUGGAUCUGGGCCAGGACAGGAUGCUGAGCGGCGUGGUGAUCCAGGGAGGGAAACACCGCGACCGCAACGUCUUCGUGAAGAGGUUCAAGGUGGGCCACAGCCUGGACGGAGACAAAUGGACCGUAAUCAAGGAGGAGAACACCACCAAGCCCAAGAUAUUUAUGGGGAAUCAGAACCAUGAAACCCCGGAGCUGAGAUCAGUGGGUCCACUUCUGACCCGGUUUGUCAGGAUUUACCCCGAGAGGUCGACCAACGAGGGGGUGGGCCUCCGUCUGGAGCUGCUGGGCUGCGAACUGGACGAGAUAACCACCACGGCGGCCCCCACCACGCCGCUCGCCUCCACGCUGCCCAUCACCACGUUUGGGGCGACCACAGCGACGCAGGCCACGCCCCCCAGCACGACUCCUGGAGCAGACUGCGAGGACGGACGGCGGCACUGUACCGACGAGACGGAGGCGCCCGACGAUUAUGAGACGGGAGACAUCUUGACCGUCAACCCCAACGUGGACAUUCCAGCUUACCUGUGGUUCGCCUGUAAUUUUGACUUUUCGUCGUUCUGUGGUUGGACUAAAGAGACCGGUUCAGGAGCCGAGUGGUUCAUCCAGACCAGUGAUGCUCCUGGGGUCUACAGGGGACCGGCCUUCGACCACACAGGUGGACCGGGGAACUUCAUCUUCAUGGAGCUGACAGACUCCAGCACACAAAGUAAAACUGGAGAUGACAGAGAUGAGGAGGAGAAGGUGGCCCGGCUGGCCAGCCUCCCCAUCACCACGCCCGACACCAACCUGUGCAUGUCAUUCUGGUACCACAUGAGCGGCGAGCACAUCGGGACGCUGCACGUCAAACACAGACAAGAGACGGAGGAGGGACACAUCCUGUGGACCACGAGUGGACAUCAGGGCAGCCGGUGGAGGGAGGGUCGGGUCUUACUGCCCCGCUCCAGCCUCCCCUAUCAGGUGGUGGUGGAAGGCGUAGCAGACAGACGCAGCUCAGGACUCAUCGCUGUGGACAACAUUCAGAUCAUUGAUGGCGUCCACUUUCAGGACUGCAGGAAUCCAGAACCUCCGACUCUCUCGACCGAUAUCUUCAUGCUGCCCGUGGACUCCCUCUCUCAGGAAACGGGGGACCUCGGCGGGCCGGGCAACAUGCUGAAGACCCUGGACCCCAUCCUCAUCACCAUCAUCGCCAUGUCGGCUCUGGGCGUCUUCCUGGGCGCCAUCUGCGGCGUGGUCCUGUACUGCGCCUGCUCGCAGGGCAGCAUGACGGACAGGAACUUAUCCGCCCUGGAAAACUACAACUUUGAGCUGGUGGACGGCGUGAAGCUAAAGAAGGACAAGAUGAACGGACAGACGCACAACUACUCGGAGGCGUGAGCGUUGAAAGAUGCUUUUCAAUAGACGAUGGGGGCGGAGCUGUGCGCACGCAGCCAAUCAGGAGGGGCCGAGGCCAUCGAGGGGCGGGCUAACGGCGAGCUGACAUUCCUCAGGAGCUGCGAUGGAAGGGACUGACCUGCAGGGGGCACUGUGUGUAAAAAAAAAAAAUCUGUACAGCAAAAAAAAAGAAGACAACUUGGAUUUCUUUUAGUUUUGGUUCGUUUUAUUUGACGUGCGUCGUUGAUUAAUCACAUGCUGGUGUUGAGACCAAUUCAAAUGGAAGUAUCGUUUGUGAACUCUGACGGAGAAAUUUGUUCGUUUAUUUUCGUUCUGAUUGUUUUACAGGAAAAUACGUGAAGUUUAAUAUCUGAGUCGGACGGUGGAUGCGUGGACGUGUCCUCCCCCCCCCCAUAAUCAUCCACAUCGACGGUGUGUUUGUACAAAUGAAGCGUGUUCUUGCUGCAGGCCCGUCCUGCUCCGACAGUGCCUUUUUUUUCCUGUUUUUCCGUUUUGCCUUGUCUUCUGCUGGCGAUCCGUCCUGCGUGUGGAGAACGUCCAAACUGUGAUCUGUUCGUUUUGUUUUUUUAUCGCUGUAUUUCACUUCGGCAGACGCUCCGUCGACGGGUUUGUCCCCCAGCAGGAAGUCGUGCAGGAGCCCCGAACGCCUCGUUUCGACGGCAAGCGACACAAGCAACGUAUUGUACAUACUGUAGGUUUUAAUAUAUUUGAGCCUUUUCUAUGAAGAAGGAAACCUGACACCGGUGCUGCGGUAUCCUUCUGGAGUCGAACGGAAACAGAAUCGUUUUUUACACGUCAGCUGGAGGCUGAGAGGAGAAAAACUCAGACAUCUGUGACGAGAAGUGACUUCUAUACAGGGUAAACGUUUAGCAGCCGCAAGGAAACUCAAAGACGAGCCACUGCUUCGAAUCAUUGAUGGAGGUUCUGAUCGGACCGGGGCGUCUCCAAUCAGUCGAAGCUUAAUUUUUUAUCUCGUUUGAUACGUUUGGAUUUAAAAAGGAAACGGGAAUGAAUGUUUUCUGUGCUGGAAUCUGAAUCAAACGGGUGAAACAUCGGAGCUGAAACUUGUUUGUUGUCCCAGAGAUUCAACAGUUUGUUUAUUUUUAAGUCUACAAGGCAACGAAUUACAAAAGUUGUUCCCUUUUUUCCCCCCACGUUUAUUUUAUUAUGUAAUUAAAAUGGAAAAUAUGGAUUUAAAAUGGCCAUUUUCAGUAAAAACUAUUGGUGGGGCUCAAAACUCGACGUAAAUCUGAUUUUUUUCUCAUUCGUGUCGCCUCAAACGUUCCCUGAUCGACCCUGUGAGAAGCUAAAACUUCUCCGGUCUUCUGCUUUCCCAUCAUUUUUCAAUACAUUUUAGUUUUGGAAACAAGAAACAUGGAAAGAGAAAACAUUCUUCUUAAAGUUUUGUUGUCCUGCGGAGACUUUUUGUUAAACAUCAGCCGAAAUCGUGAAGCUGACGUCAAAAAGAACUGACGGAGCGAGAACGUUUGUUUCUGAUGAUCAGCGGCUCGAAGACUUCCCUGAUCACAUUAAAACUGCUUUUUUUUAAAUAUAUAAGUAUUUGAGUUGUGUGGAAUUCUGUGGAAAAGUUACAAAUAUCUUACCUGUUGUAGAUAGCUCUUUGAACAGCUUCUGUUUGGAUAAAUAAAGAUUAAAUCUGACCGGAUCAGCGAGCUAAAGGUUACUGAAAUCUUUAACGAUGGCGUCUCGUUGAGAUUCAACAGCUGGAGACUCAAAAAAGGCAAAUCUUUUGUUUCAGCCACAAAGCUGGCUCAUCUAAACAUGUCAGCCAUUUUGGCUCUACUACUACCUCGCUUCACGUCACAUAAGAGCAACAGUGUAUUGGCUCAGUCCCCCCCCCCCCACCCCACCCCCUGCCGUCUGAAAGCUCACCGCGGUUUACGUUCCCAUCAGUUUUACAUUGUACAGUCAUCCUGACAGAACUG